AUGAUGGAAAGUUUUCAACAGUCUAUAAAAGAAUCUAUAUUGAAUGCUGAUAGCUUGACCAUUAGACAAGGUAGGUUCGCUCCAAAUGAAAGAGGUGAAUUUGUUCGGUUACUGGAGGACGAAAGAACAUCUAUCGAGGAAGUGAAUAAACUCAUGAAUUGGAAGGGAUCUUAUAGAGUCUAUUUUUCAAUACCAUAUGAACUACUAGUCAUUCCCAGGAGUAACUUCACCCCCACUACACCAGGUGGUUCACAACCAAGAGCUAGCUCUCAAGCACUGUCUGGAUCAUCACCUCUGGGAUCCCUGAGUCAGUUUCUUGAAUAUUUGAAUAAGUUUACACCCUUAUGGACAAGAAAAAUUGAAGAUCUUUGGCUUGACUCGAAGUUUAGACAGCUUGAUAAGAAAUACGAAGAUAUUUGGUCACAUCCACCUCCUCGUAUUGAAGGUGAGCUGGAUGAUGCUUAUUUGAGGAAAUGUAAAACUAUAUCCAUUGUGAAG